AUGCAAACAACUAGCGAACGAAUCGAACCCACCACAGCAGAAUUGGCGGAAAAUCGUAAGCUUCUACAUCGCAUAUUACUGGAUCUCCUUAUCAUAAUUGUCCUGCUAAUACCAAUAGCCCUAUGUGAAUUUGCCAUUGAACCCUUCCGUCGUGGCUUCUUCUGCGACGAUGAGACGAUACGUUACCCGUUCAAGGACAACACCGUAACUCCCGUCAUGCUGGGAGUAAUUUUGACAAUACCUCCCCUUAUCAUCAUUGGCAUUGGCGAGUAUAUAAGGCAAUAUAAAAAGGGUACCAUCAGCAGUAGAAGAUACCUCUGGGGCUGUCGCAUACCGAUAUGGUGUUGCAAUUUUUUCAAACAAGUGGUUUACUUUUCCUUUGGUGUCCUGCUGACCUUCGAUGCCACGGAAGUGGGAAAAUAUACCAUUGGCCGGCUGAGGCCCCACUUUAUGGCUGUGUGUCAGCCACAAUUUUCAGAUGGUUCGACAUGUGCGGAUUCCUUUAAUCAACAUCGUUAUGUGGAGAAUUAUUUUUGUUUGGGGACCGGCUUUACAUCAGCUGAUGUUCGCCAGGCGCGCCUCUCCUUUCCCAGUGGCCAUUCAAGUAUGACUUUCUAUUGUAUGGUAUAUGCUGCCCUAUAUUUGCAAAAGCGUAUGCAUUGGCGCAGAUCAGAUUUGACCCGACAUUUUAUACAAUUCACCUUAGUGAUGGUGGCAUGGUUUACCGCUCUCACACGCAUCAUGGAUAAUUGGCAUCAUUGGUCGGAUGUUUUGUGUGGUUCGUUGAUAGGUGUUGUGGCUGCCUUAAUUACUGCCAAUUAUAUAAGUAAAUUUUUCAAAAAAUCGUAUUCUGAUAUGACAGCGUUGAGGUUGUCAAGGCAGGAUACUUCAGCCACGUUGAAUGAGGUGUUGGCCCAUACACCACCACCCUAUACUGUGGAGGGUCAGCCAGCUCCAGUGUUUGCCAGCAGUGAUCAAUAUUGUACCAAGGUGUGA